UCAUCAUCAGCAUCAACAUCAUCAUCAUCACACACACACACACACACACGCACACACACUCUCUCAGAUGGAGAUCUGUGGAUGGAGCAGAGCUGAGCAGCAGCAUCUAAUCAUCAGAUAAAGAAGAAAGGAUGGACUUUAUUUGUUUAUGAGAAGAUGAGUGAGGACGGUUCCUGUGCACCGUAAUCCAGCAGGAGAGAGGAACUGAGAGGAACUGAGAGGAACAGACGGACGGAGGGAAGGAUAGAGGGAUGGAUGGAUGAGUGGACAGAUGAGUGGAUGCUGAAAGAUUGAAGGAGUGCUCAUUUUCCUCACUAAAAAUGGCCGCACACGCCGUAAUAACGCGCAGGAGACAACAAACGGGAUUUGUGAAUUAAUUCAGACUGGGACUGCCAGUGCACCUGCACACACACACACACACACACACACACGCCGUGUAAGCUCUCAGAUGAAGAAGGACGACGUGACGUGAAGCCCUGAUGCCACGAUGACGGCGGUGUACCCGGCCGAGGUGGGCGUGCCCUUGGCUGCGUGUCCUCAGCGUGACUCCCGCUGUACCGGGCAGGACAGCUCGGACGUGUUUACGGACGAUGAAGGCGUGCCGGAGCGCAGACUCACGCCGCUCGAGCAGCUCAACCUGGACAUGUGUCAGGACGACAGAGUGGUGCGCGAGAUCACCAUCGGCCGCCGCAUCGGCUUCUACAAGAUCCGAGGAGAGAUCGGCUGUGGGAACUUCUCUCACGUCAAGCUGGGGGUCCAUGCACUCACCAAAGACAAGGUGGCCAUUAAGAUCCUGGACAAGACCAAACUGGAUCAGAAGACCCAGAAGCUGCUGUCUCGCGAGAUCUCCAGCAUGGAGAAGCUCCACCAUCCCAACAUCAUCCGUCUGUACGAGGUGGUGGAGACGCUGACGCGCCUGCACCUGGUGAUGGAGUACGCAGGCGGGGGCGAGCUCUACACCAAAAUCACCAUGGAGGGAAAACUGUCCGACAUCGACAGCAAAAUCGUCUUCUCACAGAUCCUCUCCGCCGUCAAACACAUGCACGACAACAACAUCAUCCACCGUGACCUGAAAGCUGAAAACGUCUUCUUCUCCUGCAGCACGUGUGUGAAGGUGGGCGAUUUCGGUUUCAGCACGGUGAGCCGGCGUGACGAGACCCUCAGCACGCUGUGCGGUUCUCCGCCGUACGCGGCGCCCGAGCUGUUCCGUGACGAGCGCUACGUGGGUGUGUACGUGGACAUCUGGGCCCUGGGCGUGAUGCUGUUCUUCAUGGUGUCGGGCACUAUGCCGUUCCGCGCCGACACCGUGGCUAAGCUGAAGCGCUGCAUCCUGGACGGAGCGUUCUCGGUGCCGGAGUGGGUUCCCGAGCCGUGCCGGCGUCUGAUCCACGGCAUCCUGCAGCCGCAGCCGUCCGAGCGCUGCAGCCUGGAGCAGAUGAUGAGCAGCGAGUGGCUGGAGAACAUCGACUUCCCCAAAGCCACGGAGCCGUUUAAGCUGGACCCGCUGUACCUGGCGGAGGCGGAGGAUCUGGAGGAGGACGAGUGCGAGGUGAGGAACGGGCUGCAGGCGCUCGGCAUCACCACCGAACACAUCCGCAACAACCAGGGCAAAGACUGCAGGAGCUCGGUCACCGGCGUCUACCGCAUCCUGCUGCACCGCGCACACCGAUGCCGCGCCCUCGAGAGCAUGCCGCUCGUCACGCGCCGCGCCGGCGAGGCUAACCCGGCGAAGAAGGAGCGGCUAAAGGCCUACAGGAGCCUCAGACACACGUCCAAACUCUGCGCCAUUUUGUGACGUCCUGAAAUAAAUAGAUAAACUCUUAUUUAUUUUUUUUACAGUCUGUAAACGCACUUCAAAGCAAAUGGACUUUUUAUUUUAUAAUUAUGAAACUUGUUAAGGUCACGACACUCCUUAAUGUUACUGAGUUACAGGAUCAACAGGGGCGGAGCUUAGGUUCCAUUUUUUUAGCCAAUCACAAACCACAAUAGUUUUCCCUAACGCUAGCGAGUUUGCUAGUAAACCUGGUUAGCGACAUGAUAUCACAAAGCUACUGCUGGAGAGGUAACGCUAAUGUUAGCAAAACUAGUAAAACUGACGUUAAUGCAGCGCCACCUUCACACGCUGACUAGCCGCUAUAUUAUUAUAUUUUGUAAAUAAUUUUUUUUUCCACAAAGCUCUACACUGAGAUGAAGAAAUAAAAGUAAACGCUAGCUACAGUAUCACGUAAUCUAGUUAGCUUACUAGUUAGCUAAUGUUACCUCACAGCAGUUUGAGUUGUUUUUUAGUAUUAGCUAGCCAAUUUCACUAGCAAGCUAACUAAUAUUAAUCUAACUGUUAUAUUGUGUAAGUAAAACCAGUAGCCAUGUUUGUUAGCAAGCUAGCUAACAUUAGCUAACUGGUUGUAUUAGCGAAGACUAAACUGGGCGCAUGUAGCUUUUUCCGCUCGGUCUCUGUGAGAAAUUUCUGUGGUUUAAAAGCUGUUUUGUUCUUCUUUUUUAUUUCAUCCACCAUUUUUAAAAGUGACAACAAAGAUUUGUGAAAAUUAUAUUAAACAUUUCAGAUAAAAAUCAAAGCUGUGUGAUGUUUCCUUUAUCACAAAUGUAGCAAGUUACGUAAUGUAUGUUUGGGUGUUGCUAAUAGGCUCAC